AUGAAGAUGAUUCCGGAUCAGAUGUUCUACGCGUGUCUCGCCAUCAUGAUACUAUUUGUUAUAAUGUGUUCUUGUAUCACAAUGGCAAUUAUAGACCUGGAAAUGUACAAUUUUGGACUAUACAUAGUGUUGUUAUGCAUUGUUGGAACUAUGCUCGCUUGUGCUCUAUGUAUAGCAAAUCCAGGAGCGUGUGCAAAUCCCAUGUGGUAUACAAAUUUCUGUCUUUUAUUACAUGACUACAUGCAAGAAAUGUAUCCAGUACAUCCGGAUGGUACUUCGAGUCCAAAAAUGACUGGAUUGAGGGCACAAAUGCAAAGGCAUGCGGCACAGAGUAUGGCGACGUCGGAAGAUGGAACGAGGUUAACUGUGAGACAGGAAUCAAGGGCGACGGUGGCUAUGUUGGCUCCUGCAGUACAUAUCAUGCAUCAGGUAUGGAAAGGAAUGGCGUGGGUAACGGACGGAAUAGAAGAAGAAGAUGAAGAUACGAGGAUGUCAAUGUAUGAUAAAAUGGAACAGGCAAGAAUCAAAAUGAUCUGCAACAAGAUAAACGAAAUCAACUUUCUAGGGAACAUCUGA